ACAGGCCACAACUCAUUUCGAUUCGAAACUCCUCACUUGCUGGCUUCCUUCAUCCUCCGACCUCCCGCCAACCUCAUCAAGCAUCAAGCGGUUGAAGGAACCUUUGCUCUGAAAUUCCCCAUCAUAUCAUUCGAGUCCUAGCACACAAACAUGUCAGUCAUAAAGCAAGGUGAAGACAUGAGCAUCAAUGAGCGGGAAUUCAUUCUUACGGCGCUAAAGGAUGAAAAUUGUCGCGCCGAUGGCCGGACGCCUGCGGAUACCCGUGAGCUGCGUGUUACUUACGCGCGUGCUGAAGGCCAGGCAACCGCCGAAAUCCAGCUGGGUAAGACGCGCGUGCUUACUGUGGUUACUAGCGAGCUUACCCCGCCCUAUCCUGAUCGGCCUGCAGAAGGAUUUUUGAACUUGAAUGUCGAGUACUCUCCCAUGGCAACACUUGGAAUCGAUAAUGCACGCACUAAUCCGACAUUAGUGGAAGUGGACCGUGUCAUUGAGCGGUGCUUGCGUCAAAGCCGUGCACUAGACACAGAGGCACUUUGUGUUAUCGCUGGCAGUAAAGUGUGGUCCUUGCGCUGCGACGUGCGAAUCCUAGAUGACGCAGGGAAUGUUGUGGACGCGGCAUGCUUGGCCACAGUCGCAGCGUUGAUGCAUUUUCGUCUCCCAGAAGUAACGGUGUUGACUGGAGGUUCAGACGAGAGGAGCAACAGCAGCGCAAACGACGGUGAAAGCAGUGUAGGUCGUGUUCGGGGGGGGGGAGGCCUGGGGCACGCGUCUGUGGUUGUUCACCACUCCUUCGAGAAGGAGCCGUCCGCCUUGCCCAUCCACCACGUUCCCAUCUGCGUCACAUUCGUGCUCUUUAACACGUCUCCUAUCGUCUCUGUCAUUGACCCUACGGAGCGCGAGGAGCUGGUGAUGGGGGGCCGUAUAACUUUUUCAAUCAACGUGCACAGAGAGGUGUGUGCCAUGCAGAAGAUUGGAGGGCUGGCACUGGCCCCGACCAGCCUUGCGCGGUUGGCAGAGAUAGCCAUGGAGAAGGUGGGCGACUGGCACUCUCUCUUACAGACUUCUUUGGAGGCGGCGGACUCGCAAGCCAAGGCGGAAAGAUUGCGAUGCGUGCGUGGGACUGCCUCCAUGCACGUUCGGAGAGGAGCGCUGGGAGACGCAGAAGGAGAAAGGGGAGAAAAAGAAGUGGAAGGAGGGGCGGAUGCACCUACAUCGCAUAUCGAGACAGCUCAUCUUGAUUUUGCAGAGUUGCACGCACCCAUCAAAGUCCGAGAGGGAUCGGAGAAGGCGCCUAUCGAUGAAGAGGAGGAGACACGUACGUUGAGUGUAUUGGAGCAGGCAGCUUUGGAUGCAGAGGACUACCGAAUGAAACAAGGAACCAAAAACUUGACUCAAGGGACACAGGAGACGCAGUUCUCAUGGACAGGGGCAGCAACUCGUAACUCAGAUACAGGAGCUGUCGCAGGGCUUACAGACUCGGUGGUGACUGAAAGCACAGGCGUGAACGACGUGCGUACAGCAGCUUGUCCGGGAUCGACUGCCCAAACUGCACCAACUUCACAUAGGUCGAGCAUGGAAACCAAACCAGCAGGAGCUCGUGAGCUAGGGAGAAAAACAAAGACAUUGGGGAGAAGAAUGGACGUAAGGAACGGAGAGGGUAGGGACACGGAAGAGGAGGACGAUGAGGAGGAGGGGGAUGCCGUCAUGAUGGUUUCAGAAUUUGCAUCAAGCACCGAAAGCAGUCUCGGAACCCCUUAUGAUAAGACGGCCAUUGCAGCGACAGGCUCCAAUGCGAGAAGGCCUUCGUCACAGGGCGCCCCGCAGGCGACAGCUACUACUGAGCGUGCUGAAAAUGAUGACGAAGAAAUUAAAGAUUUGAGAGAUGCGGUAAAAAAACCACGUGUACGAGGACAGAACGGAAGCUCGAGUGGCCGAGGUGCUGCGAAGCGUCCCAGUGGUACGUCGAGUACUGGCACAAGCAAGAACAGACCGAAAGGAGGCACGAAAAGAUAAAGCGCUCCUGACAACGAUGAAAGAUCUCAUAGCAACAAAA